AUGGAAAUGUUCAAAUAUGUGUUUGAUUCAAUCGAUUCCAACUUCAAACCAAGUUGUUUGAAUACUAGAGGGCCUCUUCUUCCUUUAGUGGAAGCGUGCUUUCAUGGGACAUUCGAUAUGGUGAAAAUCUUGAUUAAAUCUGGAGCAUCUGUUAAUCAAAGUGAUGAAAAUUCUGUGUCGCCUUUACUUGCUGCAUCAUAUGAAGGUGAUUUAGAACUUGUUCAAUUUCUAUUCGAACACAGUACAGAAAUAAACCAUGUUGACCGUGACGGAAAAUGUGCAUUGCAUUUGGCGGCUGAGAAUGGUCAUACCAAUGUUGUUAUAUAUCUUCUUAGUAAAUCAUCUGAAGUUGAUAAGGUCGAUUCAACAAAUAAUACCCCUCUUUACUUAUCCGCACAAAACGGGCAUUCAAGUGCUGUUAGAUCUUUGUUGAAGAAGAAUGCAGAGGUAAAUAGGAGAUGUGAAAAGGGAAUGACUCCUCUUCACGCAGCAGCAUCUGAAGGACAUUUAGAAAUUCUUCACCUUUUUGAAAAUGCUGAUGUAAAUGAAUGUGAUUUUGAAGAAAAAAAUCCUCUUCACGUGGCUUGUAGUAGAGGUCAUGAAGAAAUUGUAAAUCAUUUAAUAAAAAUGAAAGCUAAUAUCAACAAGCGUGAUUGCAGUAGUAUUACACCUUUAUUUGAGGCUUCAAUCAAAGGAUAUGCAAAUAUUAUGAAAGUCUUAAUUGACGCAGGAGUUGACAUAAACAUAUGUGAUAAAGAUAAUAAGUCGCCGUUGUUUGUUGCUUCCGAAAACGGCCAUAUCAAUGCUGUGGAAAUACUAAUAAAAAAGGGUGCUGAUAUUGACGAAUGCGAUAAAAAUGGCGAUUCACCAUUACUAAUUGCAAUUAAAAGAAAACAUAAAAGAGUUGCCGAAGUUUUAAUGCUGAAUGAUGCUGGCGUAAAUGUGAACAAUAGAUCGUCAAAUACACCUCUUUCAAUUGCUUCGAUGCUAAAUGAAGUUGAAAUUGUUCAGUCUCUUUUGAAAAAGGGAGCAGAAAUAGACUCUUCAAAUUUAGAAAAACACACACCUCUUCACAUAGCAGUGAUGAAUGGAAAUUUAUCAACUGUGCGAGUCCUUUUGGAGAACAAUCCGUCAAUGAAUCCAAUGGAUCUUGAGGGAAAAACACCCCUUCAUAUCGCUUGUCAACAGUGUGAAUUUAAAAUUGUUUCCCUUCUGGUAACAAAUGGAGCAAAUGUAAACAAACUUGACAAUAACGAAAAAACUCCACUUUUAUUAGCAAUAGAGAACAAUGAUUUCAACAUUGUACAGCUUCUCAUAGAAAAUAAUGCUAAUAAAGAACUUGAGGAUAACACAAGAGUAACCCCUCUUUUAGCAUCAGUAAUAAAUAACAAUUUUGAGAUCAUGAAACUAGUCUUUUCGUGUCAUUUAGUAAACAGAGGUUCGGCAAAAUAUGGAUCACCUCUUUCAGUUGCCAUCGAAAAUAAACAGAUUAAUUGUGCAGAAUUCCUUACUAAACAUGGAGCAGAUGUCAAUGAAUAUGUAGAGGGAAAAUCACUUCUUCGUCUAGUGUCUGAACUAGGAUUAGUUGAAUUUGUUAAAAUUCUUCUCGAAAACGGUGCAUCUCUGAAAAAUGAUGCCUCAAAUCCACCUUUAUAUGUUGCAUCUUUACACGGUCACCACGAAACAGUAAAACUGUUACUGCAAUAUAAGGCAGAUGUAAACCAAUGUGAUAAAAAAGAAAAGCAAACACCUUUACAUGUAGCCGCUAAAAAUGGUUUUUCGUCCGUGGUUGAGCUCCUGUGUGAAAAUGCAGCUGAUGUUAACAAAUUGAAUAAAUCAAAUCAAUCCCCGUUGUAUUUAGGUUGCCUGGAAAAUCACAUAAAAGUUGUCAGAAUUUUGUUAAAUAAUAAAGCAAAGAUAUCCAAUGGAAACUACCCCCUCACGAUAGCAAUACUUAAAGGAAAUGAAGAAAUAGUAAAGGAACUUUUAGAAUGGAAAGCCGAAAUUAGUAAAGUUAUUACAAAAGAAAAGGAAUCUGCUGUAUAUUUAGCCUCCAAAUAUGGAUACUUGAGUAUCGUUGAAUAUUUGAUUUCAGAUCAAAACGGUUUAGGUAUGAUUGAUAAAUGCGACAAAAAUGAAAAUACCCCGAUACACAUUGCUUCAGGAAGUGGCCACUUACAUGUUGUUCAAUGUCUAUUGAGGCAUACCAAAUGCUUAAACAAGAACAAUAAAGAGGGCGAUACACCAUUACAUAAAGCGGUCAGGGGAGGCUUUGAAGACGUCGUGGCAUGCUUGAUCAGAGCUAAUGCUAGUAUUGAAAUAAAAAACUCCGUUGGCGAAACAGCAAUAAGACUCACCAAAAAUGAAAAUAUCAUAAAUAUGUUGAGAACUGCUUCAAAGCCUGGGAAACUACAAGCCCAAAAAACUCCUCGUGGGAAGCAAAACUAUCGACCAAAUGGACCAAAAAGAAGAAAUGUACCAAAGAAAAAAUGAAAUGUAAGAACAUUUACUCCGUACUACGUCAUGUUUAUAUUGGGUUAUACAUA